AUGAAGUGGCUCGUUGUCCUGGUUGCCCUCGUGGCCUUGUCCGAAUGCGUCCAUAAGAUGCCGCUGAUCAAGGGAAAGUCUGCCAGGCAAAACCUCAAGGAGAAAGGCUUGUGGGAGGAGUACAGGAAGAAGUACCCGUACAAUCCAGCAGCCAAGUUUGACACCAGUGGCACUGAGUCCAUGACUAAUGAUGCUGAUGUAAGCAAAAAUGAGCGAGAAUUGUCUUACUAUGGUGUGGUCUCCAUUGGAAACCCUCCUCAGUCCUUCAGUGUCAUUUUUGACACUGGUUCCUCCAACUUGUGGGUCCCUUCAGUAUACUGCUCCAGUCAGGCCUGUGAAAACCACAGGAGAUUCAACCCAGCACAGUCAUCCACCUUCAAAUGGGGCGACCAGACUCUGUCCAUCCAGUACGGGACAGGCAGCAUGACUGGGUAUCUGGGCAGCGACACUGUUAUGGUGGGCGGCAUCUCUGUGGCCAACCAGGUGUUUGGACUGAGCGAGACAGAAGCUUCUUUCAUGGCUUAUAUGCAGGCUGAUGGCAUCUUAGGACUGGCCUUCCAGAGCAUUGCCUCAGACAAUGUUGUGCCUGUUUUUAACAACAUGAUCAAUCAGGGACUGGUAUCAGAGCCGCUUUUCUCCGUCUACCUGAGCGGAGAUGGUGCACAGGGCAGUGAAGUGGUGUUUGGUGGUACCGACCCCAGCCACUACACUGGCUCAAUCGCCUGGAUCCCUCUGUCGUCUGCCACUUACUGGCAGAUCAACAUGGACAGUGUUACCGUCAACGGACAGACUGUAGCCUGCUCUGGUGGGUGCCAGGCCAUCAUCGACACUGGUACCUCCCUGAUUGUCGGUCCAACCAGUGACAUCAGCAAUCUCAAUAGCUGGGUUGGAGCUUCAACCAACCAGUACGGAGAUGCUAUAGUGAACUGCCAGAACAUCCAGAGCAUGCCUGAUGUCACCUUCACUCUCAAUGGAAACGCCUUCACAGUCCCUGCAUCUGCUUAUGUCUCUCAGAGCUCCUCUGGCUGUCUCACUGGCUUUGGUCAGGGUGGCUCCACACAGCUGUGGAUUUUGGGAGAUGUCUUCAUCAGGGAAUACUAUGCCAUCUUUAAUGCCCAGUCUCAGUACAUUGGUCUGGCCAAGUCAGUGUAA